UUCCCGCCACUCUUCGAUCCAUGUAGCUAGCUUCUUUGUGAGCUCCCUGCGCUUCGUCGACUGUUUUCAACGUCAAUGUCGGAGGUAGUUUCAUUCGUCAGGUUUCAUCGGGGAACAACGUCAAGCAGCGUGAUUCAUUGCUGCACACUAUCUCGCCGCACAUUUGCACACAGCUGCGCUGAAGUGGUUAGAGACACUGAAUGGACAGCCGAUAAAGAUGCCAAAGUACAGUUCCCAAGGUUCCAGGUGAGUUGGCUGAUUGAAGGGCUCCUGUGGAUUCUGGUCAUGGAUAAAGAGUUGACACCUUUGGACUGCCUGCUGCCCUCAGGCAUACUGAGGAUCUGUCUGAUUGUUCUGAACCAGCCUUUGGAUAAGGACUACCUACACAUCCUCUGGAAUAAAGCUCUGCUGCGGGCAUGUGCUGAUGGAGCUGCCAAUCACCUUUAUAACAUCACUGCUGGAGACUGCAACAGCUUUCUCCCUGACUAUAUCAGUGGGGAUUUUGAUUCCAUUACUGCUGAGGUCAAAGCUUUCUAUGUAGACAAGAGGUGCAAGCUAAUAGAAACAGCUGACCAGGAUCUAACAGACUAUUCCAAGUGUCUAGCAAUCAUGGUGGACGAGAUUCUGAGACGACAGUUACAGGUGGAUGCCAUAGUGACUCUGGGCGGUCUGGCGGGUAGGUUUGACCAGACCAUGGCAUCUGUUGAGACACUCCACCACGCUCUGUCCAUGACACAGCUACCCGUGUUGAUCAUACAAGGGACUAGCCUGGCAUAUCUACUCAGACCUCAGGGCAGCCACAGACUGGGAGUGAACACAGGCCUGGAGGGGGACUGGUGCAGUCUCAUUCCAGUAGGUGGACCGUGCCAAACAAUCACCACUGGACUCAAAUGGAACCUGAAUAACGAGGUCCUGCAGUUUGGGAAGCUGGUGAGCACCUCCAACUCCUAUGAGCCUGUUGCCCCAGGAAAUCCCAAGAAGCCUGUAACUGUAAUCACAGACCAGCCACUACUUUGGAGCAUGGGCAUUCGUGAGAAUAGGGAAUAACACAGAAGAGAUUCUUCUUCUCAGUUAAUGUUUGACUAAUCAGAAUAUUACACACACAGAAUGCAACUUCCUUCCUACUGCUGAGCUAUGACAAAGAAACCAGUUUUAUACAUUUCGUAUAGCAUGUGGUAAAAAAGGAAGAAUGCUGAAAGCACUCUUACAUGUGAUCAAACAUCUUAUAAGUGUUUUUUUUUUAAGAGUAUUGUGUGAUACAAUGAUCAAGAUUUGGUCAGCCUGGAACACAGGAAAAUUCAAAACUGACCAAAAGAGCUGAUUAUUAUUUUUAGUUUUUAUAACAUAGUGCCCAUCCUUGGCAAGGAUGUUUUUCUAUUUUCACUGUACAGGACUAAAUUCAGAAUGAACCAUAUAGAAGUUUAAUCUUUACUUAUGAAUAUGCACAUUACCCAGCCAGAAUCCAAGCUUAUUCCAUACCAACAUCGGAUUCCUUUCAUUAAAAACAUUUUGAUAUCAAGCAACUUUUAUAUAAAGACUGAGAUGACAGGAUAUUGCAGAGAAUUACAGACAAGAAGAGUCAAACCCAGAUUAUAUAUUCCUUUAAAAGUCUGCAUGUACACUAUCUGAUUUACAUUAUAGCCAACAGUAUGUGCCUUUGACAUCCAUUCCAGGGUCAUCUUGUCGUUAUUAGCAGUACCGGUUAAGUACUAUGGAACAUAGAAUAAAAUGUAUUUGUGCCUUUUGAUGAGUUUAUUGUUGUACUUC